AUGCCACCGCGCCCAACUCCCUCCUUACUCUUCCCCGACGACGCCAACGCCUCAGCAGACGAGAUCCCCCCGCUCGCGUUCGAAUACGAGGACGAGGUGCGGGGUGUUUUGGACAGGUUGAAGGGGGAGUUGGAGGAGCGUAUGGGGGCUGGGGCUGGAGCGGGUGCGGCGAAGGUUAAAUGGAGGGGGAAGGAGAAGGCUGUGCAGUUGGAUGACCAGCAGAGGAAGAGGAUGGAGGAGAUGGUGCGGAAGUUCUACACGAAAAUGGAGGCUGUCAUCCUUUCCAACUGCACGAUCGGUGGCCUCUCCUGGUCAGAAUACGAAAAGAAGAAGAAGCGAGGCGAGGUCGGCAAGACGCAGCCUUUCGACGAGAACCUUCACCAGCGGGUGUUGAACUAUCAGAACGAGUUGUUUGAUGCACGGGAAGUGAACGCGAGGGAGCGGGUGGACGCGCCAACUCGGACUGCGCAGUAUAUUCAAGAGAUUGUCAACAUCGACAAGGACCACCUCGCCAAGCUCGAAGAAGCGCAGAUCGACGUGCCGGAGGAAGUCAGCCUGCCGAAGCCGCGGUCAAGGAAGAGUCUGGGUGGAGCUGUCGACGCACCGACGGCUGUGCAGGCGCAAGAGUACUUCGAGGAGGGCGAGCAGGCGCUCGACAAGCUGCUCGAGGACGUGCCGAAGCUCGCGACAGCUGCCGACGAAGCUCGCAAGGUCGCUCUCGACGCCGCGAACAUCCAGUAA